UCUUACGGCUGCUAUAUUACGGGUAGUUUCGCGAUCGAUGUAUUUGGAUACCUGGGACGAUUUUCAAAAAGCGGCAGAGGAUAUAUAUAUUGCAUCUCCUUUACGGACAAGAUACGUCUCAUCGUACCGCCAUAUCGAUGGAGAGCUGAUUUUGAAAGUAACGGACGACCGAUCGGCGGUAAAGUACAAGACUAAACAAUCGACUGAUCUAAAAAAAUUCAUAGGCCUCAACAGAUCUAUGAUGUCCAAAAUGCAAAACAUAGAGCCAACCGAAGCUGUCCAGGUACCUGAGAAUACAGCUCAGCAACCACAAGGAAAUGCUGGCAUACCGACAUCCAAGCCAGCAAGCGGAAAGAGCAAAAAGUCGAAGAAAAAUAGAAAGUAAUCCCGCCUUGUAGCUGUCUACGACAAGCGUUAUUCGCAGCAUUACUUGUAUGAUAGUACACCUUUACUCCUUUGUUAUAAAAUGAUUUAAUGCAGCGCGUCAAUGAAUUCUAAUGUUUAUG